AAAAAGGCUUUAACAUUGAGCAUUGACAGUUAGCACACCUACAAGCACACGCAUGCAAAAGAUGUGGCGAUGUUGCAGCUAGUCUUUGUCCUGCUCGUUUUCCUUCACAGCGUACCUGCAUCAGGAUACCGCAGCAAAGGCGCAUAUGCAGCUAUAUGCACCAAUGUGAAGGACGAGGGGCUUAACCUGGUGGAGUUCAUCCUGUAUCACGAAUGGGUUGGCUUCGGCAAAAUCUACGUGAUGGAUUACAACAGCAGCCGGCCGCUGUCGAACAUGCGCAUGCUGUUGCCGUUCAUCCGCAGCGGGCUGGUGGAGUACCACUACGACGCCGACCCCCGCCACCACUCCCCUCGCCGCGGCGGCGUGUUCGCCGACUACAGCCAGGGCACCGCCUUCCAGCGCUGCAUCGACUUUGCACACCGGGACCACAUGUGGAUGGCGUUCAUUGACGCGGAUGAAUACCUGAUCGUGCGCGACAGCAGCCCGCCGCGCAACAGCAGCGCCGCCUCCCCGCCGCCGCCGCCGCCGCCUCCCCCUCAGGCAGCCGUGGCCCGCCCCAACAUCAGCGCGCUGCUGCGCCACUACGAGCAGUACCCGGGCGUGGGCGUCAACAUGCGCUACUUCGGCAGCAGUGGCCACGUGCAGCGGCCCACCGCGGGCACCCUGGAGGCCUACACGGCCUGCUCGCCGGCCGCGGCGUGGGACAACCGGCACAUCAAGACCAUCGCCCGGAUGUCGGCGGUGCUGGCCAUAGGCGGUAACCCACACGAGUUCGUGUACAUAGGCGGCGGGGUGGCGGUGAAUGAGCUGGGGCUGCCGGUGCAAGGCCCCGAGUCGCUGCCGGUGUCUUGGAGCCGCCUGGCGCUGCACCACUACGUGACGCGCUCGCUGUCCGAGUUCCUGGCCAAGAUGCGGCGGGGGCCGGGCGGCAGUCAAAACAGGCGCACGCUGGACUGGUUCAGGGCCUAUGACGGCAACGCCACAGAGACGUGCGGGGAGGGGCCGGCGCUGUGGCAGGCGUGCUGCGCGGAGCGGUACGAGGCGCUUCGGGCGGAGUGGCUGGCGGCGGCGGCGCGAGGGCGGGCGCGGCGGAGAGGCGGUGAUGGCGGUGCCUGAGCUCGGGCUCACAGCGAUCCAGUGGUGUAGCUGUUAGGUGGUGUAAGGCAGCAUAGUUGCAGCGUAUAAAUGUCGCCCGAGCAUCACUCAUAUGCUGUUGUGGCUGGCGUCGAGGGUGGUGGCCAUGAAAGGAACACAGGGAAAGCUGGGGAUUCGUGCCUGCAUCUGCACCAUAACAACAUGCGGUGCACACCCCUUCAAAUAAAUUCGGUAGCGUCGACUGCCUGACUGCCAAUGGACUUAUUCUUCGGAGGCUCCGUAAGGCUAGUUAGCAACCGCGUGAGGAGGCUGGGUGUCAAGAUGCCAGGAUACAGUUCCCUCCAUGGGUGUGCGAUGGGUGUCCACGGUAGUAGGGCCAUCCGCGGCUCUCGCCAACGCGGCGUCCCCACACGCCGAAGCAAUGUUUUGAGUUUGCGCCUAGGACACACGACCACUUAGAACGGUGUAUUGGGGCUCGCGCUGAGACGGGAUCAACCCAUCUAGCUCCCUUCGUCAACGGACCUAGGCCGGACGGCUGGGGAGGAGAGCUGGCGAGGCGCCAGCACGAGCCUGCCCUACUUCCGCAUGAGCUUGUACACGCAGUAGCGUUUAUGUGCUUAUCGCCACCACGGCAUGAGAUUUGUUAUUGAUAUGCUGGUAAUCACUGCAUCAAUCCCGGUCAUGGACACUGGGUGUCAGCUUUGAAUAGCCCCACUCAGGGAUGUGAACGCUUGGCGCCGUUGGCAUCAAGCUCCACCCAGUGAACGCCACAUACGGGUACACCGCAUUUAUCACGUCCAGGGUAAGCGGGCGUGGCGGAGUGGAGCGGUGGGGCCGGCCGGCCGGGAAGCACGCCAACACCGUGUCCGAGGCACCGCCACAUACAUGCUGUCACCGGCACCAUUGGUCCCUGGCCACGUCACGCCACCAACUCCUUUCCACACAUUAUUCCUGUUACCCAGGAGCACCUAACCCUUGCAAGCACCUGCUGGGCUCGGACGCGAGACUCGGGACUGUGACACAUUGAGGCGCGCUCAACACGCGGGUUUGGCUACUGCGCAAACCUUUGGCAUCCUCGCGCCUAGCCGUUUGCUGUCGACCGAGCCACAGGGGCAUGCAGGCAUGCACAAACGUACAGGGGCGAUGCUGGGGCGCUUCGCCCCCUGGGUAUCAUUUCGCUCCGGGGGCUCAGCUCACAAUAGGAGGCG